UCCUUGCACGAUGAUUACUGUUUCCCAGAGAGUUAACAAUCUCCUCAUUAUCCAGGCCCAACCAGCUUAAUUAAUUCAGCACUUGUGUUUGUUCCAAUUGCUAUCCAUGCAUUGGACUAAUGACAUUUAUGUCAAAUGAACAUGACAAAUCCUACAUCUUUAUGAUACAUACAUUAUUCGAAGCCAAAACUCAUUCUUAUCAGGAGAACAUGUCAAAUCAUAUGAUCGUGACAACCUUAAUUGUAACUUUUUUUCCAUUUAAAUUAAAGAAUAUGUUGUUGUGGGAUUGAGCUGUUCGUCAUGGUGCAAUGAUUCGAGCCAGGCUUAGAACAUGGCAGUGAGAAUAUUUAUCCAAGUUCCUCAAAAUCACUGUCGCACACACCCCAUUCCUCACCAAAAGCAAAAGAGAAAAAGGUAAUCAUCAUGCCGUCAUGUCUCACCAAAGCUCGCCCUCCCAGUUCUAAUACCUGCAAAAGGAGGGGGCAAAUAUGGAGGGCAUUCAUUUCCCCUCUUUAAAUAUACCCUUUUCAUAUCCCUUCUUUCCCCCCUCCUCCUCCCCCUCCUCUGCUCCUCCUUUCCACCUGAAGAGAGUAAUAGAUUUGAAUCAGGAAAGAACUAUUAUUAGAGAGAGAGAGAGAUAGAAAGAGACAUGAAGGAGGCCAUAUGGUGCUGCAUCUCCUGCAUCCUGCCGUGCGGCGCGCUGGACGUGAUCCGUAUCGUGCACGCGAACGGGCGCGUCGAGGAGAUCAGCGGCACCGUCAGCGCCGGGGAGAUCAUGCAGGCUUACCCCAAGCACGUAAUCCGAAAGCCACCCUCACCGUCGUCGUCGGACGGCGCCGACAUCCCCAAGGCCGUGGUGCUGCCUCCCACCGCCGAGCUGCAGAAGGGGAAGAUAUACUUCCUCGUACCGGUGACGUCCGCGGCGCCAGAGAAGGCCCGGUCGCAGACGCCCGGAACGAGGAGGAGGAAGAAGAAGAAAGAGGAAGCAGCGAAUGUCGACGUGGCUGCGACGGACAAGACGAGGCUGCUUCUCAGCGACCAGUACUUGUCGGAGAUCCUAUCCGAGAAGGUGUCGACGCAGAGGGAGAGGCGGCGAGGGAGAGUGGGCGUGUGGCGGCCACAUCUAGAGAGCAUCUCCGAGGUUUCCAAUGAUCUCUGAACACGGUCUUCCUUUUCCGUUUAUCCUCUCUUCAAGCAUCUCCUCCGCUUCUCCAAGAGAUGGUAAUAUCGCUGUAAAGACAUACACACACCACCUUUCUUGGCUUCCUACUCAUAUUUUCUGGUGUUGGCUGAUACGAGAGAGAGAGAGAGAGAGAGAAGAGUGUGCGAGAAGACCCCCACGUUUCCACUCCUCCUUUGUUCAGUAUCUUCCGCAAGAUAUGAAAGGAUCCAAUCAUUGCUAGUACAGCAGUAGCCUCAAACAUUGUACAACGUCAUGCAGAAGGAAUUCCGCAAGAAAUCGCCUUCCUAUUCUCUGAUGAAGAUCUCAAAACUAAUCCUUGAUCUGAAAAGGCCAUAUGCUAUAUGCUUGCUAAUCCCGAGUCCUCUAAAACCCUAACUUCUUUUUCUUAUUUUUCAUGCACUUUGUUUGAUCUCACAAAAACCCUAACUUCAACAUCUAACAGUUCCGAAAGACAUGCUCGUGUACUUCCUCACUCGUUUUGUCCUCUGCAACUAUAAGUCAAGAUAAGAAGCUCGGUGUUGUCCUUCAGGCAAAAGCUUCGGUAGGUCUAAACUAAUCAAGUUGUAUUAGCUUUGGCUAUAACAAUGUUGAGAUUGAUGGGUUGCAAUUCGAAGUAAAAGAAAAGAAAA